AUGAAUGUGUUCGAGGAGCAAAAGCUGUACCAUACGAGCCAGGAGCGCGAAGACUAUGAUAACAUGGCCACGCUCUUUAGCCUAAUAACGACGCUCGAGUUUCUUGAGCGCGCUUAUGUGCGGGGUGCCGUACCAGAGGAGGAAUAUACAGUGCAAUGCACGCGCCUGCUUGCGCAGUCCAAGACGGUCAUGAAGCUAAUCACAAACCCAUCUAUGGCAUCUCCACGGUUCGAGAGCGCGGAGGCGUUCAUGCGCCAUUUCCAUAUGGAUCAUCCGGCUGCGGCACAUCGGCUCUCUCUGGGCGUGCCUGCUACGGUCGAGCAUGCGCCGAUUGAGGCGAGCGCACUCACGGCGCCGGCAUCAGCAGCUGGCGCCCAGCGCGUCGCAGAAACGACCCAAAAUUUUAUCACGCUGAUGGACGCGCUCAAACUGCAGAUGCGUGCUAAAGACCAGCUGCACCCCCUUCUCAGCGAUGUGCUUCGCACGUAUGCACCGCGCGGGAGCCGACAGGAGCACGAGGACGAUGAUGUUCGUGCCAAGCUACUGGAAUGGUGCGUGUCUAUGACUGACCCAGGCUCAUCCUCCUGA